AACAUUUUUAUUUUCAAUUUAGGUAUUUGGUGUGUUAUGAAGACCUUUUUGAUAAAAUUAAAGAAUUUCAUAUUAGGACAGGCCAUGGUGGUAAUGUAAAAUUACGGAAUGCGUUACAUGAUACGUAUUAUGUACCAAGACCACCAAUUGAUAUUUUUUUAACAGUAUGUGAAACGUGCAAUUGUAAAAAACCAAUGAAUAGGAAACUUGUAAUAAAACCUAUCACAACUGCAGAUUUUAAUGAAAGAGCACAAAUUGACUUGGUGGAUUUUCAGUCGGUACCAGAUGGCAAAUUUAAAUGGAUACUAAAUUACCAAGACCAUGCGACAAAAUUUGUAAUUCUAAGACCAUUAGAAAGUAAAAGAGCAACCGAAGUUGCUAAUGAGUUACUAUCUAUAUUGUUGACAUUUGGAGCUCCAAAAAUAUUACAGAGUGACAAUGGCCGUGAAUUUGUAAAUUCAGUAAUCAACGAACUUAAAGACCUUUGGCCAGAAUGUGUUAUCGUACAUGGUCGCCCUAGACAUCCUCAAAGUCAGGGAAGUAUUGAGAGGUCUAAUCAGGAUAUAGAACACAUGUUACGAGCAUGGAUGGCUGAUAAUAAAUCCAAGAAGUGGAGCGUUGGAUUAAAUUUUGUUCAAUUCCAAAAAAAUAGUUCAUUUCAUCGAACAAUUGGACGUAGCCCUUAUAAGGCUUUAUUUGGAAAUGACCCAAAAAUUGGACUAAGUACAUCAAAUUUGCCAUCUGAUCUAUUGAAAAAAUUAACAACAGAAGAAGAUCUCGAACAUAUAUCUCAGAUAAAGGAAAUUAAAAAACGCUCAAUUGCCUGCAGCAUUUGUAAAGUUGAUGUGGAUUUGCCACUAUCGGAGAUUGCUGAAAAUAAUGAAAUUAUUUGCCAAUUAUGCGAUUCAAGCAAAAAAAUACAAAUUCAACGUGAACUUGGACAUGAAGGUCAAAGUAUAGCUGCAGAGAAAAUGAUCAAGGGAAACAACAAAAAAACGGACGAUUUUGAAAUAAAUCAAUGUGUUAUAUUUGGAGUACCAAAAGUUGAUAGGGGACCUACAGAUCCCCCAAACAUAAUUUGUGUGAUCACGGAACAAAAAAAAAAAGGAUUACAUAAACUUGGGACAAAAUAUGGUUUACUCAAAGGAUGGUUCAGUAGUGAAUGUUUGAAAAAAUCAACAACUCAAUUUCUCACUACUGAUCAAGUUGAUAAAAAUGUUGAAUUUUCGGUGCGAGAAAUGAUUAAAAAAAUUUCAGGAGGGCAAGGAUUUUUGUCUUGUUCGUGUAAGGCAAAAAAUCCUUGCCAAUCAAGUAGGUGUGCUUGUUUUAAAAAUAAUAUGCAAUGUAACAGUCGAUGUCAUAAUCAAUCGUCGUGUAAAAAUAAAUAAUAAGGACAAAAUGUAUGUAAAGUUUAAGCCAUUUGAGGUAUGUUUAAGUUAAUCAAUUAAUUAUUUUGUUAGGUAAUAAAACAAUAGAGAAAU